CUUUCUCUCCCUCUCUCUCUCUCCCUCUCCCUCUCCCUCUCUGUCUCUCUCACUCUUUCUCUCAGUAGAACUCAGAUCCUGAGCCAGCAGAGGGACUGCCCUCCCUCCAGCCUGUCCCAGCCAUGCUGCCCUGGCGGAGGAGCAAGUUUGUGCUCGUGGAGGAGGAGGCGAAGGGGAAGCCCAAGAGCCUCAGCGCGGGCCUCACCUACCACUCCAUCCUGUCCUCGCUGGUGCGCUCCUGCCCGGAUCUGCUGCCCGACUACCCCUUCGAGAGGCUGGGGAGUGUCUUCCGCACCAAGCGGCAGAAGGUGGAGCUCAACAAGGAGGAGCCCACCUACACCGUGCGCUACCUGGGAAACGCCGUCACCCUGACCGCCAAGGGCGAGGGCUGCACCGAGGAGGCCGUCGCCAAGAUCUGGAGCCGGAGCGACUACGGCGGCCAGAGCACCAAGAUGAAGCUGACCGUGGGGCCUCAGGGCAUCCGGAUGAGCCACGACAAGGGUUCCAAGAAGCCCGGCCACCUCUACGUGCUCCACCGCAUCACCUACUGCGCCGCCGACCCGCGCCGGCCCAAGAUCUUCGCCUGGGUCUACCGGCACCAGAUUAAGAACAAGGCGGUGGUGCUGCGCUGCCACGCCGUGCUGGUCACCAAGGCGGAGAAGGCCCGCGCGCUGGCCCGCAGCCUCUACCAGACCUCCACUUCCGCCUUCAAUGAGUUCAAGCGCCUCAAGAGGCAGAACGACUUCCGCCACUGCCAGCAGCAGCUGCUCGGGGGCGACAUGGUCCCCCUCAUGCCCCUGCGGAAGCUGCUCAACGGGCAGUGCCACUACCGGCCGCCCACGGACAAGCCGCGCAGCGCCUCCCGGCUCUGCUCCAUCGAGGAGGAGGACGAGGAGGAGGAGGAGGAGGAAGGGGAGAACCGUGCCGGGGCCCGGCCUGACAGCCGCCGCACUCAGCUGCCCCCCGAGAAGGACAUGGGGAAGAUAGUUAAUGGACUGGGCGCCUGCAGCAUCAGCAGUGGUGGCAGGUGCUCGGACAGACGCCUCACCGUCAGCAGACUCUUGUGAGGGGCACAUGGACGUCCUUCUGAGCCUGUAAACUGCCCCCCACCUCCACCCCCCACCCCCUAGCACAGCGACCUAUUCCAGGAUCUGUCCCUUUUUUUAAAUCAAGGACCCCGCAGUCUCUCCAAGGAACUGCCUAUCCACUUCUCUGGCACUUUCCCCACAAAGCGAAAACAAAGGAGACCCAGAAACAACUUUUCCCUUUUUUUUGUCCCUCUCAGCUCCAAUCUCUGCUGCACUGCCAGCACCAGUGUGUCCCGUCGAGCUGUUUCUAGAAGGGCUGGAAUGUUUGGACUGACAAUAGCACAACGUGGUGAGGGGGAGACGGUCACGGAAAUAAGCGGACUGUGGAGAGGAAAACAAUCUACUGACUCGAUGCACAUCCGUCCCCCCGUGCAAGAAGUACACAUUUCACACCGAACCAGAAUGUGAGACGUGCAUUUCACUUUCUUUCCUCGAUGUUAUUUGUAUCUUUUCAACACUGUGCUUGUUAUUUAUUGGCUGUCAGGAGUUUUUGACGGACUUGUAAUUCAUUUGUGAGUACGUUAAUUUGUGCAGAAGGCGCAUUUUUGCAAAUCAACUCAUCCUGUUCUUUUCCGCGUCUGAUUUAAUCUCUCUAAGUGGGCAAACGCUAACUGCGUGUACUCAGUUCUGAUGGGAACAAACAAUCUAAUACAUUUUUUUUUUCUGUAACCAGGGAACUGUUUCCACUAAUGAAUUAAGCCAUAAUUCAAGUAUCGAACGGUGGAGCUGACAUGUUUAUAGCAGCUAUUUGUUAGAGCCCUGCUUCUCUUAUGUGCAUGACAACUAGAGAUGCGAGUCCCAUUUCAAUGUCAGCUUUCCUUUUGUUUUAAUUUUUUUUAAAUGUACAACUAUUAAUAUCGGGAGUGUUUUAGCUCUACACUGUGACACCAGUGCACUUGCGGUGAAAAUAUUGAGACUGGUGAUUGGUUUGUGUUACAUCUUUACAGUGCCAUGCAAUAAAGUGAGAUGAAUUAAAGAA